UCAUUUAACGUGUGUUUUGUUGUUUGUUUCCUUAAAUUCAACCCAUUUGCGAUGAUUGUGGUGCUAUUUCGAUUAGAAGGUCCGACAUAAAAAAAAAAAACAUGGCUUUUGAUGAUUUGGUUAAUGAUAGCGAUUGGUCUUUUGAGGAAAAAAAAAAAGGGAUUUGUCCGAGCGAAUGAGUGCCGUGAUUUAGGUGGGCUCUUCGAGUUUUGUCUCGCUCAUUGCAUUUUUGAUAGAGCCAAAUUCGACAAAUGAUUGUUUUCUUCUUUAGGAAAGAUGGUUUGUUUUUGGUUUUAAGUGCUAGAUCUUCUGGGUUUAAUUAGGACUUUCCUGCGUCUCCGUGCGUGUCUCUGUCCUUUGAACGUGACAGUGGAUGUUAUGUAACCCUUUGCUUUAUUUAAAAGUUACCAUUUUUGCCUAUGUUUGGUUCGGAGAAAUCUGAAGGAAAGAGGAGAAAGGGGAUUUUUUUUUUUUUGCAUCUUUGGUUAUUAACUAAUCCAAAAAGACAGUCCAACUGUCCAAUACAUAUUAACUCAGCCAACAAAUUCUACAGCACUUCGCAAUCGAUCAAACAACAAGAUUUGGCUGGUGUCAAUUGCCUAGGAUUCUAAAGUGGAUUUAUGGCCGUGGCUUUUUCCAAUCUUUCAUGGUGGUUGUGGAGUGGGAAGCGUCCAGAGCCCCGAAUUUCCAAUGGAUCUUCUAUAAAUUCUUCAUCUGAUUCGAGUGUAUGGGAAUCUGAUGCUCUGAAAUUUCGUCUUGCUAAACGUGCCAAUAUAGCCUCCACAUCAAGAAGGAUGAAGCGGAAAUGGCAUAGUCGGGAAGAGAGGAAAAUUGAUAGGGAAUAUGAUGUUGUUCUUGUCCCAUCCGAUGGGGGGUGUGUUUCGGGUUCAGAGUCUGAUGAUUCGGAUUGGUCGAUUGGAUGGUUGGAGCCUCAUGGACCUGGGUUCCAGAGUGAUGAUGAUCCUGAUGACAGUUUUGCUGUGCUGGUUCCAUCCUAUGGGCAUGGCUAUAAUGAUCUAGUGGGGGGGAAUUCAAAGAAAAAUAUCUUGAGCACCACUACUGGUAACAUCCUGGAUCAGUAUGUAGAUGAGAGCAAGAAAUAUAUGGAACAGUGGCUCUCUUCUCUGCCAAGCAGCUGACAUCCAGGACUGCUGUUGAUUGACUAUUGGUUCUUAUUAUGCUGCUUCUGUAAAUAGUUCUAAGUUUUAGGUGUGGUGGAAGAAAUGAGAAUUAAAAGAAAAGGAAAUAUGUAUGGUUGAUGUUAAUAGUACAAAAGGAUUGGCUGAUGCUGCAUCCAGCCUGAUAUCAAUCAGAGUAGCAGCAAUGGUGAAGGACGCGAGAGGGAUGAAUGACGCUCUCGGUGUUGGGAGAAAGCUUGUUUUCCCCUCUGCUGCUUUCUGGGCUGACUGGAAAGGACUGAGCUGUUGCCAUCUUACCAUUCAAAUUCGAUGAUGUAAAUAUAACCUCUGUGAUGUAAUGGUAAUGAGAGUUCUUAGGCAGAAAAAGAGGAAAACAGAAGGGAAAAAAGAAGAAGAAAGGUGUGAGUUUGAGUAGAAAAUUGAAAGAAAAUGAAGGAAAAAGUGAGGUAAGAUGAAGAUGAGUACGAGUGUGUGUCCGUGAUUCUUUAUUGUAUAUAGUGCUGUAUAAAUAACAUGACUCUUGAUAGUGUGAUAAUUCUAAACAUUCUGUGAAUAGUAAGAAUGUAACUCUCUCUCUCUC